AUGGUCUUAGCACCACCCUCCACCUCUGCGCCUGCGCCAGGCAGCACCACCACCUCAUCCUUCACACAGAGCCGAGAACUGGGACAGAUACAGCCCAACACCGCCACAUCUCUCCGCGAUGAUCCAGCCCAGAUAACGACACCGCCUGCAGGCCAGAGCAUCAAAGAGCGCAGACCAUGGGCACAUUUCGUGGCGGGCGGGCUGGGAGGCAUGACCGCCGCCACUCUCACCUCACCACUGGAUGUUCUUAAGACUCGUCUCCAGAGCACAUUCUAUCAAGACCAAUUGGCAGCCAUCCGGGCGCAGAAAGGAAUACCGCCACCGCAUACCAUGGGAUUGCUAAGAGCGAGUUGGUUACACAUCACAGAGACGGGCCAGAUCCUUGCGCAGAUACCAAAGGUGGAAGGAUGGAGAGCGCUCUUCAAAGGCCUUGGGCCGAAUUUGGUCGGUGUGGUGCCCGCCCGCGCUAUCAACUUUUGGGCAUACGGGAAUGGAAAGAGGGUGUAUUCGAAUCUGUUCUUCGACGGAAAGGAGAGCGCAGGUGUUCAUCUGAUGGCAGCGGCGACUGCGGGAGUUCUUACGGGGACUGCAACGAAUCCUAUAUGGCUGGUCAAGACUCGUUUGCAGCUAGACAAGCAGCAUGCUGGUGCAGGAGGUGUGGGAAGGCAAUACAAGAAUGCCUGGGAUUGCGUGGUGAAGACUGUUAGACAUGAGGGCAUCAAAGGAUUGUAUCGCGGCCUGACGGCAUCCUACUUAGGCGUAAGCGAGAGUACUCUACAGUGGAUGCUGUAUGAGCAAGCCAAGCGGAGUCUCGCGCGGAGACAGAUGCUCCUCGAACAAUCCGGCCGGACACCCAACGCGUGGGACAAAACUGUCGAGUGGACGGGCAAGCUCACAGCCGCGGGAGGUGCCAAGUUCGUCGCUGCACUCAUCACAUAUCCGCACGAAGUCGUUCGGACCAGGUUACGGCAAGCACCUGUGGAUGCCACCGGCAGAGUCAAGUACACCGGCCUCUGGAGCUGCUUUGUGACAGUUUUCCGGGAAGAAGGAAUGCCGAGUUUGUAUGGAGGUCUGGUACCGCAUAUGUUGAGAGUCGUGCCCAGUGCGGCUAUCAUGUUUGGCGUUUACGAAGGUGUGCUCUGGAGCUUGGGAGAGAGCUCCAGUGUCUAG